CCUGUCCACUCUGUGUGACUCGACGCAGGGGCAGGGGGACUUGUGAGCAUCGUACCGGUCGGAGGAUUCUGGUGCACCGACGCUGUUUUUGUUUAAUUUUAAUCUUUUCUUUCUACAAUGUCACCAUCAAGGAGACGCGGCUGAGGCACCUGCCCUUCUUCUCGGCUCUGCGCUGACCGUCAUCCUCGUCAACUGUUUCUGACGGUUUUAGCUAUCGUUAGCCCCGGUAUGAGCAGAACCGGACCUUCCUGUCAGGUCUGACCGGGGUUUGGGGGGGUGGCGGAGGCGUGCUGGUGGGGACACGUUUGGAUUUUUGGAUGAGAACCGGUCACCGGGCCGGAUUCCGUGCGGAGGGACGCCGGCUGGAGCGGAAGAGGAGGAGGAGGGAGGAGCAGCAUCAGCAUCAGCAGCGGCAGCGGCAGCUGCGGGGAACCGAUUUGACAACCUCAUCCCCGGGGGGAGAGAAGCAGCGAGGCGGCCAGAGGAGGAUGUGAAGAUGGGUUUAGUUUUCGGUCUCCUGUGGCUGUUCACCGGCUUCCUGCAGAGCGUGCACGGCCAGGGCGUGUACGCGCCCCCUACUGUGCGCAUCGUGCACUCGGGUCAAGCCUGUAAUGUGGAGGAGGAGCGCUACAGUGAGAGGGUUUACACCAUCAAAGAGGGCGAGACUCUGGAGCUGCAGUGUCUGGUGACGGGACAUCCCCGACCACAGAUCCGUUGGACUAAGACGGCGGGCGGAGCCUCGGACCGUCAGGGCGACGCGUCUCUGCACAACGAAACUCUGAAGAUCGAGAACAUCAGCCGCCACCAAGGUGGGCGCUACUACUGCAAGGCUGAGAACGGACUGGGAUCCCCCGCCAUCCGCUCUAUACGAGUCGACGUCUACUACCUGGAUGACCCGGUGAUAACAGUACAUCAGAGUGUCGGUGAGGCGAAGGAGCAGUUCUACUUUGAGAGGACGGUGUUUCUUCGCUGUGUCGCCAACUCCAACCCACCCGUUCACUACACCUGGAGGCGAGGCCGGGAUGCGCUGACACAGGGCUCCGACUCAGGGGUGGAGAUCUACGAGCCGUUUUUUACGCAGGGUGAGACGAAAAUCUUGAAGCUGAAGAAUCUUCGUCCUCAGGAUUAUGCCCAAUACACCUGCAUCUCGUCCGUCAGGAACGUCUGCAGCAUCGGAGACAAGAGCGCCCACUUCAGUCUGAACAACAGGACAGCUCAGCCUUCCAUUAAGCUCCUCCUGGACGACCCCUUGGUGGUGAACCCGGGGGAGACGAUCACUCUGGUGUGUGUGGUGUCAGGCGGAGACCCCCCUCCCACCCUGAAGUGGGUGAGGCUGGGAGGGGAGGAGCUCCCAAAGAGGAGUGUCGUCCACGGCGGGACACUGACCAUUCCAGCCGUCACUGUGGACGACGGCGGGGCGUACAGCUGCACGGCAUCCAACAACGUGGGCAAUCCUGCCAAGAAGUCCACCACCAUACUGGUCAGAGGCCUUCGUAAAGGUCGGUUCUGGAUCACGCCCGACCCAUACCACAACGACGACAACAUCCAGAUAGGCCGGGAGGUGAAGAUCAGCUGCCAGGUGGAGGCCACGCCGCCGGAGGAGCUGCAGUUCAGCUGGUUGAAGAACGGUCGGCCGCUGAGGAGCUCCGAGCGGAUGGUCAUCACCCACACCGACACAGAUGUUUCACCAGGGACCACCAACCUCGACAUCAUCGACCUCAAGUUCACCGACUUCGGCACGUACACGUGUGUCGCGUCGCUGAGAAACGGAGGAACCCCGGAGAUCAGCAUCGACGUCAACAUCUCAUCCACCACAGUUCCUCCCGAGCUCACUGUCCCAAGGGGGCGCUCUCACCUCAUCGCUCAGGAGGGCGACACCGUGGACCUGCAGUGUCUGGUCUCAGGAAAACCCAAACCUAUCAUCCUGUGGUCACGGGUGGAGGAGAGCAGUGGCGCAGCGGCAGCGGUGGUGGCGCCGUCUCUGAUGCCGGACGGCUCAGUCGAGAUGGAGAGCUAUGACGGUGUCCUGAGGAUCAACAACGUGACGAGAGAGAUGAGCGGGACGUACCGAUGCCAGACAAGCCAGUACAACGGCUUCAACGUGAAACCCAGAGAGGCGUUGAUCCAGCUGGUGGUGCAGUUCCCGCCCAACGUGGAGCCGGUGUACACUGAGAUCCGUCAGGCUCUCGGCCGGGCGUUCAGCCUCACCUGCCGCCUGCUGCGAGCUCACCCAGCCCGCCUGCUGCGAUACGAGUGGAAGCUGGGGUCUCGCCUCCUAACUGUCGGACAGUUCAACGACCAGCGCGACGACACCAACUACCUAGUCAGAGCCCUGAACCGAGAGGGCUACGGCGAGUACACAUGUGACAUCACCAACGAGGCUGGGGCAGGGCGCUGCACCUUCCUGGUCACAGGGAAGGCCUAUGCUCCGGAGUUUUACUACGACACGUACAGCGCUGUGUGGCAGAAGCAACCUCGAGUCUACAACUUCAAGCUGCAGUGGACACAGAUGGAGCCCAACGCCGUGGACCGGAUCCUGGCCUACAGACUGGGCUUCAGACAGAUGGGUCAGUCUCGCUGGUGGGAGCAGGAGAUACCCAUGGAGGGAACCAUCCAGAAGGGGGAGCUGCUCACCUACAACCUCACUGAACUCAUCAAACCUGACUCUUACCUGGUCCGCCUCACCCCCAUCACCCGCUAUGGAGAAGGCGACCCCACCGAACGCAUCAUCACAUACAGCGCUCCUGUUAACCCACAUCUCAGGGAGUUCCAGUGUGGUUUCGAGGAUGAGGCGAUGUGUUUGUUCUCUCAGGACAAAACAGACGAGUUUGACUGGACGCGUCACAGCGCCGCCACACGGGACACCAAAUACACCCCGAACACUGGACCAAGCUCCGACCACACCGGCUCCAAGCAGGGUUUCUACAUGUACAUCGAGACAUCAAGGCCCAGGCUGGAUGGAGACAAGGCCCGGCUGCUGUCUCCUACCUUCAACAUGAACUCCAAGACCACCUCCUCCUCCUCCUCCUCCUCCUCUGUCACCAACAACCCCACCUACUGCUUUGCCUUCUACUACCACAUGUAUGGGAAGCACAUAGGAGCUCUGAAUGUGUUUCUGCGUCAGAAAGCUCAGACGGUGACCGACACCUCAGUCUGGAGUCUGACCGGUAACCAAGGAGACCGCUGGCGGCAAGCUAAGGUCAACAUCCACCCAACAACAGCCUUCCAGAUCGUGAUGGAGGGAGUUCGAGGAUCCGGCAUCGAGGGAGACAUUGCCAUUGAUGAUGUCACCAUUGAGGAGGGCGAAUGUAAAGAUCCUCCACCCAAUAAUCUAAGGUCUCUCGCCCCACCCUUAUCACACCAUAUAUGGCAGCUGUGUGUCACUCUGAGUCUGGCUCUGAUUGGCCAGCAGAGGUGACCCCCCCUCCCUCUCUCUAGAAGACGUCAUAACUUUUGACCCCGCCCCUCCCCUAACCUCCCCUCCCCUCUCCUCUCCAACCUCCUCUCCUCUCUCCUAACCUUCCCAUCCAGUCCUGUCACCCUCCAACUACCAAAGAGACGGUCAGAGCGACAGAGAGACUUCCUGCCAAGAUGGCUGACACAAAAGGAGGAGAAAUGGUGAUUUAAAGGAGCAGUCCAACAUUUUAGUGAAGUUAGAGAGUUUAAACGGUUAGACUAACUGUUUCCAACUGCCUCCAGUCUUUAUGCUAAGCUAACCAUGUCCCGACUCCAGACACUGAACAUCUUGCUCUCAGGCAGACAGAAUAUGUUUUUACGCAAAAUGGUAAACUUUCCCUUUAAAUGUGGGUCACACAGAGCGAGCUCCUGUCAUCAUUAAACUGGACCGCUUUUCAGAUAACAUGUAGACAUCGUUGAGACUGAAUCAGGUCUUAUCGUCUGAUUGGCCUGCAGUCUUCUGCAAAAGUUGAAUCUCAUUCAGCUUCUCCGUCGUAUCUUACUGCAUAUUUUUCGGCCUCUCCGUUGCAGCCAAAACACAAUCAAUGUGUUUUCGCCAUCGGGCCCAACUGUGGAAAUUUCCCCAAUACAGGUCUCUUAUUUACCUGAUGACCUCAGAUUACUGCAGAAAGUUGACUGAACUCUAAAGUCCUGUGUGUUAGAUUAAGAAUCUUCAUAACUGUUUUCAUAAGUUUAAUCAGCUGAAAAAGAGACUUGUGUUUUUGUAACAUCUUGAAUGGACAAACUAAACUCGACAAAAACUAUGAUAGAUAAAAUGACUAAAACAAAACGUUUAAUCGAAGACUGAGACUAAAUCUGUAACAGCUACCAGAAACAGGUCUAUGACCAGAUGUUCAUCCAUCAUUGUUUUUGAAACUUAAUCUUUUUUUUGGUGUUUCACCAUUGGUUUUCAGAUGAAACUGGUCGAUCUUUCAGCUCAGUGCCACAAAGCGCAGAAAAACAGGAAAAAAGAGGAAAGAACAGUUUGAAUGUCACCUUUCCUGACCUCCCCUGUCCUCUCAUCAGAAAUUCUCCCCCCGUCUGUACUCCCCCUCUCUACAGAUCAACAGUACUGUAUCGCAAGCUGGAUGGACAAACGGCAGUCUCUCUUUUUAUUUUGGGGGGGUGGUAACUUUUUACAACGGGUGGACUGACAGAGUUUUUAACUUUUAGAUCUUAUUUUGACGUCUGUCUGUCUGCGGCAGAUGAAGGAGGAGAGCCCGCCCUCUGCCAUGACAUCAAGUGCCUUCAGAUUUCAGAGGAAAAAAUUGCCGGGCCGAGGGCCAUCGUCAUCGUCACAGAGGCGAAACAAAAAGACAAAAACCUCGGACAUCGAUAUGUCUUAAUGACCGAGGAGGAAAUAACGGAUAAACAGAAACCUCUCCUGUCUGAUUAUGCAGAGAAUCAGUUUCUUACAGAUAUUUUUCUUUUUACGCUGACGAGGAUUCUGGGAAAAAAGGAAGCCAUGUUGGAUGUCAAUAAGAAGAGGCAGCAAAGAAGAAGCCAUGGACAGGAAAUACUCUUGAAGCUCUUUGAUUUAUUUAGCAAUUUAAAUAACAAAACAACAUGCAAUCAUAAUCUGAGGCUCUGCAACUUGAUAUUUCAAAAUAAAAGACUUCCUGUUGGAGGAUUUUUAGCCCUAUGACAAUUGGAUCAAGCAUUUGGUCUCUCAGAACUAUUUUAGUAUUUUAAAAUAAAAGUUUUCAGAAGGACGCAAAGACUUUGAUGCUACCUGAGACCAUCGGUUACCUUAAACUAUAAACAGUUGGAGCUUUUGGAAGGAAAAAGAAAAAUGUAAAAUCAAAUCUUAUAUUGUUCCUAUGAUAUUAUAAAGACUGGAGAAUCUUUGUUUUGCUGUUUUUAACAAGGGUGGGGUUUUUAGUUCACGUUCAUUAUUUUGUUUCCCUUUUUUGUGGAAAAAUGAUUUAAAAUCCUGUGGUAAUGAUUUUGUUUUUAAUUUCAGGGAGUUGGUGAUUGAGUUCAAUUCGAGAGCAAACGGAUUUGAUACACAUCCUGAUAAAAACAAAAAUCCACCGAAAGGAUUCAUUAAAAAAAAAAAGCACAAAAAACAAAACAAAAAUGUAUUUAGUUAAACAGAUCCAACAGUACAUGCUUGCAUCAUCGUAUGGAAGCUCAUUUUCGCCCAGAAAAGAAAAAGUUCAUCAAGACACUGGACUUCCUUUUUUGUACUUUACUUCCUUUCAUGUUCUUAUUUUUUGACUUGAGAAGUUAAUUGAGUAAUAAUUAAAUAAUGAAGUAUUUUUGACUUCUUUUUCUAAUUUUGAGUUAAAAAUUAUAUACAUGAAUAUCAUAUUAUGGUUCUGAAUUUUCCCAACAUUUUGUUUUUCAUUUUCCAUUAUUUUAAAUGAAGUUUCGGUUUGUAUUAAAGUCAUAAUUUUGACUUGACGUUUAUUUAUUUUUUGUUAUUUCUUAGUAAAUGGCAUAUUGUUAUACACAAAUUGUUUUCAGGUACACCUCAUAUUAAAUUUGGGAGACUCCAGAAUCUAAAAAAAUCAACAAAUAAAAACAAAACAAACAGAGGAAAAAUUGUCAUGUCACUUGUUUUGUUUUUUCUUUGGCACACAUGGGCUUUCAUACGACAUGCUUUCACAGAAAAACCACACAACUGCCAUUUUGAUUCACGUGGUUUCCCAACAUCUGUGAAUAAAUCAUUUUAACUUGCCAUACAGAGCAUCUUUAGGUUCUUUAAUGUAAUGAAUAUCUGGUGGGAUACAGGGCAGGAAGUUAGAGAUAAUGAUUUACUGUUGAGUGGAUCCUGAACAUUUAUCUCUCAGUCGUUGGUAGAUGUCCACAUUUUAAAAAGUUAAUUUCCUGCCUUGGUGGGCUGUCAUUUUCCGGUGGGUGGACAUGACUCUGCAUACCCAUCCUUAAAAAUGUUUUUUCUUUUGGAAAAAAAUCAACAAAAGAAACAUGUUUCUUGUUGGAGUUUCACAACACAACAAUGAAAAAAAAAAUCAUCUCAGCCACACUCAGUCAUUCAGCAGGAGAUCCAUUACAUAACUGAUACCCUCAGAUAAAUAUCAUUUAUUUUUAAUGUUUUGUUGAUUUUUUUCC